GCCGCGUUGAUGAAGUCACUACACAUUACUGUCCUGUACUGUGCAGUACAUUGUUGACUUUCUGGCGCUGUUAGUUGAAGCCUUAGAACACCAGCACCUGACUGCUGUACAGAUUGGUGCUUCUAGUUUGCCACUUAUCUCAAAUAUUAAGCGACAUCUCCUACAGAUGUUUACCCACACCAUCGAUUGCAGUCAUAAAAUAGGCAUUGAUAAGUUAGACCAUCAUAUCAUCACUUCAUCAUUCAUGUCCCGGCGCACCAAUGUAGGACUUGUCAGGACAUUGGUGGAAAGGCCUUUGCCGGGACCACUCAUCCUGUCGUUCCAUCCGCCUGGCCAUACUGCCGGUUCUAGUAGAGAGCGGAUAUUUCCGUUGUUCCUCACCCCUGACCACCACUCUCACCACAGCCAUAACUCUCUUUCUCCUUCUUCAAUCCCCGCCUACUGUCUUCUCACCCCCCUUCGACGAGAACACUCCUCACGUCCUUCACAACCACCACCUCUACUACUGCGAAGCGAGACCGGCUCGUCCGUAGCAGAGCCCACAGUCUGGCACUGUCCCCUGAUUGCCAGAUCUGUGGUCCACAUUGCCCCAUUCUCUGCCAGAAAGGGGCAACAUGUUAUACGCUUCAUUUUAGUAUAAAUCGGUUCGGUCCCAAACCAAAAUGAGUGGUCUGCUCCGCGUCACGCUGCGAGCACACCAUCAGGGAUAGAGUAA